CUCGCUCACCCCAGGUUCUAUUUGACCAUUGGUGGUCACAGUUUAGGUAACCAGCCACGGUCGUGUCCUACGCUCCGGUCACCACCAGUCAAUUUGCCCGAUUGUGGCGAGGACAAACCGCAUGAACGAUUUUCCAACGUUUAAAUUUCAAUUGUAUUGAAUAAUAUUCGUGUCCUUCUAACGGGUCCUGGAAUCCAGCCCUUAGGCUUCAAAAGGGUUUAAUAAACCAUUGAUUGAUUGAUAUGAUAUUUUGCGUGACUUCCUUUAAUUCGUAAACCCGAGAGAAGCGCGUGAUAGUCUUGCAAGAUGGCGGUGCUUAUCGCUCUAGCCAUCGCUCUUUUGUCCACUGUCUCCAUCGCUUCAAAGUCGCCGCACAUUCUGCUAGUAGUCGUGGAUGAUUUAGGCUGGAGUGACGUGGGAUAUCAUAAUAUAACCGACCUCAAGACGCCUAAUAUUGACCGACUGGCGGCGCAGGGGACGAUUCUUGAGAAUUACUACGUGCAACCGAUAUGUUCCCCAACUCGGAGCGCGCUGCUGUCGGGAAGAUACCCCAUCCAUACAGGUUUGCAGCACGGCGUCAUCAAACCAACCGAGCCCUACGGCCUCCCCCUGGAUUUUACUCUGCUGCCUAAGAAACUUAAACAAGCUGGAUACGCUACACAUAUGGUCGGCAAGUGGCAUUUGGGCUUCUUCGAAUGGGAAUACACUCCCCUGUACCGGGGAUUUGACACAUUCUACGGGUUUUACAACGGUGCUGAAGACCAUUUCACGCACGAGCGGUCCGGUAUUCUUGACCUUCACGACCAGAAAGAACCAGUCAGAAACAAGAAAAAUGAGUACUCGGCUCAUAUUUUCUCAGAGAGAGCAAAAGAAAUUAUCUCCGCUCAUGACCCAUCCAAGCCUCUGUUCCUGUACCUCCCCUUUCAAUGUGUGCACGACCCCGCCCAGGCCCCGAUAAGAUUUGUAGACAUGUACAAACACAUCAAGAACAAGUUGAGGCGCCACUACGCAGGCAUGGUAAGCGCUGUGGACGAAGCUAUUGGAAACGUGACGCAGGCUCUUCAACAAAAAGGCCUAUGGGACGACACGGUGAUGAUCUUUACGACAGAUAAUGGCGGCAUCCCCGGCGGGGGUGGCUACGAUUGGCCGCUCAGGGGGCACAAGGCCACACUCUGGGAGGGAGGGGUGAGGGGGGCGGCUUUUGUUCACAGCAAGAUGUUGAAGAACAAAGGAUCGCGGUCUAAGGAGUUACUGCACGUUACUGACUGGUACCCAACUUUGGCAGCUUUGGCCGGUUUAGAUGUCCAUGAGAAUGGAGACAGCGUGCCUCCCCUGGACGGGAUGGACGUUUGGGAAACAAUAGCCACCGGUGCACCCUCCCCCCGAAAGGAGAUUCUGGUAAACAUUGACACACCUUCCCAGAACCCCCUGCACGACGAAAACCUCCUGGGGUAUGAGGGAAGUGCUCUUCGUGUGGGUGAUAUGAAGAUCCUGGUUGGUGUUCCGAAUAUCACGUGGUUCAAGCCACCUGAGCUUGGUGGGAGUCUGGGUCGGCACUGGUGGAGAAACUGGAGGAAGAAGGAUAGAAUCGAGGUUGCCCUCUACAACAUUACCGCUGACCCCGAAGAACGCCACGACAUGAGCCAAAAACUCCCGGAUGUUGUUGCUAAACUACGGCAGCGACUAGAUUAUUACAUGAGUGGUGCUGUGCCCUCGGGGAAGAAGCCAGCAGACAAACAGGCGAGGAAGACGGCGGAGAAGAAAGGUUCCUGGGGCCCUUGGAAAGAGCAUACAUUAUACUAGGGGGUAGAAGGAGUUUGAUAAAACAACAUAAUGGAAGCCCGUCCAUCUGACUUUCGUGACGCAUGGUUUGAUAUAGAUUAUAAAAUACUUUGCAAAUAAGACACUUUAGUGAAAUCCUAGGCGUUUUCUCACGGCUUUCUGAUUGGACCCCCUGUGGUUGAUAAGAGACGUGACGUCACUCAGGCCCGUAGCCAGGGUUUUGGGCGGGGGGGGGGGGCGGGGGGUUCGUGUACCCAUUUAGCGGACUAGUUUUUCUUAGGUUAAUCGCCCUAGCUCACAGUGGUACUCAAUUUUUCUUUAUUUGAGCGGACCACCCAGUCGAGUUGGGUGGUUCUUCCGAAACCCCUCCCCCCCCCCCCCUUGGAUACGAUACUGGGACCCCGGUAAGAAAUCUUGGGUCUAGGGAGGUGCUCAUCUUAGCGGCGAAUCUAAUCCCCUUCAAAAACUGUGGAAUUCAACUCAUGACAUUAUUUGUAAUAAAAAUGACUCAAUUGUG